AUGAGCCAUCAAAUUAGAGAACCAUUGAAUCAUAUAUCAGAGCUCUUUGAUGAAUACGUAAAGGACACCUCAAAAUCUCCUGUCGAUUUUGACCCUUCUGCCGCAUUUCUUGACGUAUUAAAAACCAACAAGGACCAGAUCAUUUCUAUAAACGAUACUCCUGUGCAACAGGUGCCUAAAAAUACCUUGAUUCGAUUCCGUUGUAUGAUUCAAGAUACUGGAUUAGGACAAGAAAUGUUUAUUUCUGCUUACGAGAAAUUGGAUAAGAAUGGUGACAUGAAGCUGCACUGCUACCGUUAUACAGAUGAUGCAAUUGAGGGUGAAUUCAGCGAUCAACAUGCCAUGCAAAACGAGUACAUUGCGGAACGUGCCAUUGUAUAUUGUGUAUCGCCUCCCGGUGAGACCAAAUGGGUCAAGGAUGCUCACAAUGUCAACUCUGGUUCAUUGAGCGAUCAAAUCAAUCAACUCGAGAUCAAGGAGCCAAACCCAACGACACUCAGCAAGUUUCCUUUGCCUGGACAAGAUCAUGCUUCGGCUAUCAUCAAAUUCUACAACGAUAUGGCAGAGAACAUCAAAGUGGGUCAAUUGAUUGAAAUCAUUGGUAUCAAGGGACAGGAUCUGCAGCAACCCACACAGCAACAAACAGAUGAGCACCAUGGAUUUGAUUCAGUUCUGGACAUGUUCUCCAGUGUGCCUGUCAUACAUGCAAUUGCCUUCAACAAUCUCGAGGCUAUUAAUAGCUGCCCUCUCUCCAACCACGAGGAUGUCAGCCAUCAGGCGCAUGAUAUUCGCAAUCAAUUGAUCAGUUACAUUUCAUCUGCUGUGGGAGGCGAUGACUUGGUAGCUGAAUACAUUUUGUUGCAGUUGCUGUCUAGAGUAACUGUCAAAAACAGAGGAUUGAAAAUUGGACACUUUACACUAAAUAUCAGUGGAUUCCCUGCUCAUCAAACAACGGAAGCUGACAAAAAGACGCCUCUGCUCACACUCAAUAAUCCAUCAUCCAAGGCUUUAGCCGAUGCACUUCAAAAUUUGUCUAUUCAUCAUGUAAACUUGCCAUUGACAAUCGAUGGUCUCAACAAGACCAAGUUUUCACCAAAAAGCGUCAGCGAGAAUUUAGAGGCUGGCGUAUUACAACUGGUCGACGGCACAGUGCUUUUAGUAGAUGAAACAGUGUUGGAUGAGGGACAGUUGGUGGAUCCCGGUGUGCGCAACUUCCAAGCGCUUCAAAAUGUGAUUCAAAACCAAACCUUGACUUACGAGUUCCCCUACAGCCAAUACGACUUUGAUACCGAUAUCAGUGUUCUCUCAUUAUCUUCAUCCAAGUCCAUGCUUGCUAAUCACUGUACUAUUCCUCUUGAAUCCACUCAUUCACUGGAGCAAAAUAGCGCAGAGAAUUUGGUUCAACCUUCUCAGGAAACAUUAGAUCUUUUUAGAAGGUUUAUUCAUGCAGGAAAAUACGGAUCUUAUGACAUUUCUGAAGAAGUUUCAGAGUACAUUCAAAACUCAUUUGUCGAAGAACGCAAGGUGGCUACUGAAAACAAGACUGAAUUGCCUUCUCAGGAAGAGUUGAUGCACCGCAUGAAUUUGGCUAGAUUAGCAGCAGCCUCAUUUGGUGAAUCAAAUCUCACUCAGGAGCGAUAUGAUUAUGUCGUCGAUUUGGACAAGAAGCGUACAUCAAGAAUUGCUUCUUCCUCCGCGCCUCAGCCCAAUAAAUAG